CACGUAAAACUUAGUCUAUUAACAGUCAUUUUUUAAGAAAUAACAAAAACAAAAUUAUAAUAUAGUUGCCGGCAUAAAAUCAAUUGAGUUAUGGAAACCAUAAAAUCCAAAUCCCAAUUAAAAUUCAUUAAAAGUUCUUGGAAAUUUAAUUUAUGCCAAAAAUUAUUAAUUAAGAAAUACAAAGCAAACAUUUUCAGCUGCUGGGCCGAAUCCUUGCAUGGAAACUCAUAAAAACUUCGCACAUUUCGCACCCAAAAACUAAGCCAAUUUUGUUAGCCCAAGCUAGCACAAAAACCCAUUUGCAUUUGUCUGAAAUAACUCCCUGUCCGGGUAAACAGCGUAUAAUUAACUCACUGCAUAUUGCUGAUUCAUGGGCCACAAUAAAACACUAAGAAGAAUGCUAUUUUUAUAGCAUACAAAUGGGCACCCAUCCAGAACUACGACUGGCAGUUAUUAUAAUGAAACCCACCAAGGGUUCCCUUGGAUUCGUUGGGAAUGGGUUUCAUGGCGGUCACAGCCAGCCAUGUCCGACGCGGCCAAGUCCAACAACAAUGCGUCCGCCGAUGCACCUGAUCCGACCACUCCUGACGCCACUGGCGAAGCUGACGCGGCCAAUGCAGCCACUCCGACAACUCCGCGUGGCAAUCACAACAACAACAACAGCGCCAACGGCAGAAGCAAGAACAAACUGAAGUCGACACAGAACAGCAGUGGAGGCGGCAGCAUAGACAAGCUGUCGCCGGACCAGGACAUUUUCAUCAACGCCGCCGACGGCCUGCCCAAUCAGCAUCCGUCGCUCCCAAAGGAGGGAGACGUGGAUAGCGACACAGAGCCGGAGGUGGAUGCAGACUCGUUCGACGACCUACCCACCUCAAUCAUCGUGACCAACAUCCACUCCGAGGUGUUUGCCAAUCCAGAGCUGAAGCACGCCAUGGAGGAGUUAUUCCGCACAUUCAGCGAAUCGGCUACGUUCCAGUGGCUGCGCAGCUUCCGUCGCCUGCGUGUUAACUAUGACAAUGCCAUUGCGGCGGCAAAUGCGCGAAUCAAGCUGCACCAGUACGAGUUUAACAAGAAGACGGUUAUCACCUGCUACUUUGCCCAGCCGGUGACACCGGUCAGCAACAAGAACCUGCAGCCACCGGCGCCGGUCAAACAGUUCCUCAUCUCCCCGCCCGCUUCGCCGCCAGCCGGCUGGGAGCCGCGCGAGGAAGGCGAGCCACUGGUCAACCAUGAUCUUUUGGCCGCGUUGGCUAGCCUCACACCCGGCGAGUCGCACGAGCUGCAUCCUCAGAGCGAGGACCAGCCGGCCAUUAUUGUGCACACGGCCAUGCUGGCGGAGACCGGGCCGGGACUGCAGGUGAAGGCGCCAAUUGUCCAGACCAAGUGCCCGGAACGGGCAUAAUCAUAAGGUGGUGACGAAACUAAAGCUGAAAACCUGAGUUGUAAAACCAAACGAUCGGGACAACGGGUUGGGACUCAUGCUCUGCGGAUGGUUGGGGCUUCGAUUGAGUAUUUUUUGUAAAUAUUUUCCGAUUCAAUUGUGAUUAAUUUACACAUACAUAUAUUUAGCUACGUUCGUAUGUUUGUAUUAAUAGGCACUCGAACUCCCAUACCCGACAUACUUUCCCACCCUUCCUUCAAGCGUAGCAUUUACCCCAGUUGGCUUCUGAUACAAGUUCAUUGGCUAACAACCGCAUCUAGAUGUGUUUAUCUCGCGAUUUGAGUGUGUCUAUGUGUAAGAAUAUUGAUGUUAAGCCAUCGCAAAUACCUGCUAACAAUAUCUACAUAUAUCUCUGUGUACCUUCGACGGGAAAUCGCUGACAGAGGCGCUACCGAGAACCGCGAUCCGAAAUCCCAGAUAUAAAGCUACUAUAUCUAUGUAAAUGUUAAUGUAAUUCUAAGCCAGCGAAAUCGUGUAACGAUAUCGCAUCAGAUAUCGGCAUACACAUACAUACGUUUAUAAAUCUAUAUGCCUACGUGUAGUUAAAAUUUAAAUUGAAAAUAUAUUCAAAUUCGAAAUGAAUGUUCUCAAAUGUACCAAACAAAACAAAAUGAAGAAUUACCAAACAAG